CAACAAACAUACAGAAUUGAAUCGCCUUAUUGGGUGCAAGCUUGCUUUGGCCAGAAUGGAGCAUGUUAUUUCCAUGGAGUUCGAUUCGAGGAAGGGUAUCAGAAGAGAAGCCGGUGAAACAUGCAGCGGCGCCACUGAGGAGGUCCAAACACAGAACAUUGCAAUCGAAACUACCAAGCUGGAAGAAAGGUUCAAAACAGUGAUGGAGGCUAGAAAAAAUUCAGUCAGUCAAUCUCGAACACCAAAGAUACAAAAGGUUAUAUUCUUGCUGCGAGAUCACAAGGAUUUCAAGAAGUACUUUGAGCCUCGAAUGGUAUCACUGGGCCCUAUCCAUCAUGGUAAGGAAAACUACCAGCUAGCAGAGAAGCACAAGCUUGUAUUGACAUCUGAGUUCAUUAAAGAUAGUGGCAAAACUAUACAAGAAGUAUACAAGAAGGUUGAGGAGAAUAUCAAGGAAUUGAGGGAAUGUUUUGAGGAAGAGGUGACCGAGAAAUAUGAUGAUGAGGCACUCGCUUGGCUGUUGUUCGUGGAUGGCUGUGCAAUACUACAGUACAUAUACUGUGCUACUAGUCUUAACAACAAGUUCAAGGAGCUGAGUAUAAAAAAUGAUUGUGUAGCCUUUGGACAUCAGGAUUUGUUUUUGCUUGAGAAUCAGCUUCCCUAUAGUCUCCUCGAAUGGUUGAUGAGCUUGAGUAAGAUGAAAGACGAGUUGAAAAACUCGAUUGAUAAUUUCAUUGAAAAGUUCGUUACGGUACCAAACGAUCAGUAUUCAAAUUGCUGCCUAAAAUGGUUAUCAGAGAAACUCUGGCAGAGAGUAUUGAAGCAGCAACAAGGAGACAGCUGUUACUCACAGAAGUCACAAGAUCAAGCAAUAUCAGUGGAUAUUAGAGAGCCCAAGCCCAUCCAUCUUCUCGACAAACUAAGGACAAGUCUCUUGGCUAAGCAAGGCAGACAACGGGUUCCUAAAAUCGACCCAACGAGUCAAAACGACGAUUGGCAAUCCUAUCGCAAUGUUCAGGAGCUUCAAGCAGCAGGUAUCUACUUGAAACGCAGUAAAAAUGAUAGCUUGAGUCUGAGUGACAUAUAUUUUAGUACAUUAUUCCCUUGUUUCGGAUUUCUUUGGCUUCCUCCAAUUAAAGUAGAUGACUCAACCGGGCCCAUGUUUUUCAAUUUGAUUGCCUACGAGAUGUGCCCGGAUUUCGACAAUGAUUAUGGGGUCACCUCUUACAUAUCCUUCCUCGAUUCCCUCAUUGAUGAAGCCAACGACGUUAAGGAGCUAAGGAAAGCAGGGGUGCUUCAUAACCUUCUCGGCAGCGACCAAGAAGUGGCUCAACUCUUCAACGAGAUAGGCACCGACUUGGUGCCCAACACCAAAAUAUAUUUGGAGGUCAGAUCCAGUAUACAGAAGUACUACAAGAACAAGUUCUUGACCUGGACAUCUCAAGUCAUUCACGACCAUUUCAGUAGCCCCUGGACGAUCAUAGCUUUCAUUGCCGCGCUUUUUGCACUUAUUCUCAGUACUUUACAAACUUGGUACACGGUCCCCUGGCUUAAUGAACUGUUAUAAAAAGGGUGAUAUUUAUUAUACACUCUAUUACACAUAAAUAUAUACGAACAAGUAUGACUUGAUUUUAUAUUUUCAGUUAUUU